AUGAUUACUCCUAAUUUGACUAUUAAUGAUUUUAAUAUCAUUAAGAAUUUAAACAAAAGAAAUUUUGGAUCAAUUAAACUUGCUCAGCACAAAAUCACCAACAAGAUUUGUGCAAUUAAAGCAAUCAAUCGGGAAAUGAUUUAUGAACAAAAGAUAAUUGAGAAUGUUACUGUAGAAUGUAAAAUUUUAAAAAGAUUAGAGUAUAUUCACACAAAAGGAAUCAUUCAUGCAGAUAUAAAACCUGAAAAUGUAUUAAUUGACUCAAAUGGACAUUUAAAAUUGAUCAAUUUUGGAUUAGCCAAGUAUGUUGUUUUAGAUGAGAAUGAAGAAAGAUAUAGGUCAGGAACAAGUCUAUAUAUGUCUCCUGAGGUUAUCUUAUUCAAAAAUUGGACUACAAAAAUAGAUAUUUUGGUUCUUAGGAUCUGUAUCUUUGAAUUCUUACUUGGAUACAUCCCAUUUAUUUAUGGUAGUAAAAUUAAGGUGUUUCAAAGAAUUUUAGAUCUUAAAAUUCGAUGGCCACCUGUUGAUUGCAUCCAAAUGAUACCUGAUGCUGAAUAUUUGGUUCAAAAUUUAUUAAAUCUUGAUCCCAAUAGACAAAUGUCCAUUAGGAAAAUCAAAA